AUGAGCUUUCAACAGGGUGUAUUGUCGAGGUGUACCAGUGUUCUUAGACACCGCGUAGGACAUUCUCGCCAUAUCAAUAAUAUUCUUUAUAGACAUGCCAUCACGUUUGCAUCCAUCGCUCCACGAAUACCAAAGUCCAGUUUCCAUACUUCCGCGAUCAGGAACAACGAGGCAUUCAAGGAUCCGUACGACAUAUUGGGCUUGAAGAAAUCUGCUACAGGUGCGGAAAUCAAAAAAGCGUACUACAAACUGGCAAAGAAGUACCACCCGGAUAUCAACAAGGAACCAGACGCUGAGAAGAAAUUCCACGAUUUGCAAAACGCUUAUGAAAUUCUGUCGGAUGAGACCAAGAGGCAACAGUACGACCAAUUUGGACCUGCUGCCUUUGGAGGCGGCGGUGCCGCCGGAGGUCCCGGUGGUGGAGGUUCUCCCUUUGGUUCGCAAUUUCAUGACUUUUCAGGAUUCACUAAUGCAGGCGGCUCACCAUUUGGCGGCAUCAAUUUUGAAGAUUUGUUUGGGGCUGCGUUUGGUGGUGGUGGCCGUAGCGGCGGUGGCGCCACUAGGUCGUCAUCGAUGUUUAGGCAGUAUAGGGGCGAGCCGAUCGAGAUUAUCCACAAAGUAUCGUUCAAGGACGCAGUGUUUGGGUCCAAGAACGUUCAGUUGAGGUUCUCCGCGCUGGACCCUUGUAGUACCUGUUCAGGGACGGGUAUGAAACCAAAUACGCACAAGGUCAAUUGUAGCACCUGUCACGGAACGGGAACUACGGUCCACAUUAGGGGCGGAUUCCAGAUGAUGUCGACGUGUCCCACAUGUAACGGUGAAGGUACCAUGAAGCGCCCUCAGGACAAUUGUACCAAGUGCCAUGGUGAAGGGGUCCAAGUCAACAGGGCAAAGACAAUUACCGUGGACUUACCACAUGGACUACAGGAUGGCGAUGUGGUCAGGAUUCCUGGCCAGGGCUCAUACCCUGACAUCGCCGUAGAGGCGGACUUGAAAGAUUCAGUCAAAUUGUCAAGAGGUGACAUUCUCGUGAGAAUUCGUGUCGACAAGGAUCCCAACUUUUCCAUAAAAAAUAAGUACGAUAUAUGGUACGACAAGGAAAUUCCCAUAACCACAGCCGCACUUGGUGGUACUGUCACUAUCCCCACCGUGGAGGGACAGAAGAUUAGAAUAAAGGUGGCUCCGGGGACCCAAUACAAUCAAGUGAUAUCCAUCCCUAACAUGGGUGUUCCUAAAACAUCGACCAUUCGCGGUGAUAUGAAAGUUCAGUACAAGAUCGUUGUUAAGAAACCACAAUCACUGGCAGAAAAAUGCUUGUGGGAGGCAUUGGCAGAUGUCACCAACGAUGAUAUGGCCAAGAAAACCAUGCAACCAGGCACGGCGGCGGGUACAGCCAUCAACGAAGAGAUGCUGAAGAAACAAAAGCAAGAGGAGGAGAAACACGCGAAAAAGGAUGACGACAACACUUUGAAAAGACUAGAAAAUUUCAUUACCAACACAUUCAGGAAGAUCAAAGGUGACAAAAAAAACUGA